AUGUGGGUGUUUGAUCAUGCAUGGAAUGUUAUUGCUGAGGGGAUGAGGAAUGAUGGGUUGUACGAGAUGAAGCUGAAUGAGAAAGUCUUGGCUGCUGAGAAGGCUACCUACCAGCCACCACCGAAGGAGGGAGUGAUGGAGAGGGAGGAGUUGAAGGCGAAGCUAAAAGGAGUACUGGUAGAGGAGCUACAGGUGGAAGCUGUUGCAAUGGUGGCAGCAGCUGCAAAAGUGGAUCUAGAGACCUUGCAUAGGCGUCUAGGACAUGCGGGGAUGGAGCGGAUUAAGGAGCUCGUGAAGAAGGGCAUGGCAGCUGGUGUGGAGCUGAAGGAAGGAGAUGGGAGUAAAGGGAGGUGCGGCAAGUGUGUGGAAGGCAAGAUCUCAAAAACCCCCCAUCCCAUACACCAGGAUGUGGAGACGGGGAAGAUGGUUGUGACGAGGGAUGUGAUUUUCUACGAGAACGUCAACUAUCUACAGUGGAAGGGAGUGAACAAGGAGAUAGCAAUGGGAGCGGCAGCCGUGCUUGAUAAGGUGGAGAAGCUGCUAGAGGAGAAGGAGAUUGAGGGGAUAGGAAGUGAUGAUGACGCGAUAGGAGAUGACGUGGAGCAACCAGCAGAUGGAGUUCUUUGGGCAUUGGAUUCACAGGACAAGAGGGUUGUAGAGGAGGCAGCAGUAAUGGAGAAAGAUGGGCAUCAGGAAGUAGAGCAUGGAGAGACGGGUGCUGAGGAGGAAGAUCAAUGUGUGGAGCUUGGGGACAGCAGUGAAGGGUCAGCAAAGGGUGACGAGCAUGAUCCGUGGAAGCUGAUUGAGAGUGAUUCUAGCAGUGAAGCUGCUAAGGAGAUUGAUGAGCUGCUGGAGGAUGGAGCCAUGGUGCUAGGAAAAGAACGAGGGCUUGACGAGAUAUAUGCAGCGACAAAGGACGUGAGUAAGGACGAGUCAACUGCUGAGGAAAUGGGGCGCGGAUGUGAAGACCCAUCUUUUAUUCACAGCAACAGCAACGGCGCUGCUGACACAAGGACUAAUGGAGAAACAUGA